AUGGCGAGGACCUUUACAAGACGAGAGCAAUACAAACAAGCUCUCGAUGAAAUUGAAUCGCAACAAAUACCUCUCACUCAAAGCAUGAUAGAUUAUCUCAACACAAUCAUUAAUACCAUUACCACAUUUACGACCAUUCCUGUAUACACGGAGUCGCUUGCAAGUUGGAAUAUUCCAGAGUCUUAUGUGGACAACAUGCUCACCAUGAAAAAGAGCCAACUUCUUUACAAUACUCAACUCAUGGAUAACUUGACAAGUCUACGAAAAAUGCUCCUGAAACAAAUGGAGGUUCAAACAAGCAGUAUUAAGGAAAUAUCUGCAACAUUCUCUCAACCCCAAUUACUCUAUCAAGGUUUUACAGAGUAUUCAGAUGACACCUCAAACUUUGAUAAUGUUCCAUACACGUUAGCUCAGGAUAUUGGAAUCAAGUCUAGUAGUAUAUCCCUCCCUAGUAUUAACUACAUUGCAGGAGGAGAGUCACAUGUGGCACUGGUAUUGCCCAAUGGAAAAGUCUACACCACUGGAGUGUCAAAAGACAAUAAUUUGGGCCGUACGGCCACUUCCUCAGCUUUGACUUACAAUUUUCCGGUUGAGGGAAUUCCCUCGAAUGUAACCGUUCUCCAAGUAGACACCAGAUACCGAACAACUCUGGUGCUGACAGACAUGGGCUUGUACACAUUUGGUAAAAAUGUAAAUUGUCAACUGGGCAAUGGAAAUUGUGCACCUCAAGUUGGAGCCUCAAUAGUUCGAGGAUUUUUGUGGAGGAGAGUGGAUAGAAUUGCGGCAGGAGCAGAAAGCUCAUAUGCCAUUGAUCGUGAAGGAAUGUUGUGGGCUUGGGGAGGAAAUGAUGCUGGACAAUUGGGAGACGGUACCAUGGAAAACAAAGUUCGUCCUGUAUCGGUGAAUGGAAUUUUGAGAGGAAAGAAAGUGAAACAAGUGUGUGCUGGCUCUAAAUUUGCUCUAGCUCUCACCAAUGACAAUGUACUCGUGUCUUUUGGAUCGAAUGCAAAUGGCCAAUUAGGAAAUCCAUCAAGUCCUUCAAAUGUGUCACAGCCUGUUCCAGUCGUUCAAACAGGAUCUCUGUUGGGCAAGGAAAUUAAAAAAAUUGCGUGUGGAAGUGAGCACGCCUUGGUUCUAACAGCAGACAAUGAAAUUCAUGCAUGGGGAGACAAUGCCUAUGGUCAAUUAGGAAUUGGAUCUAGGACUGAUCAAUAUUCACCUGUUAAGGUGAGCAUGUCUGCAUGCAUUAUCAAAGAUAUCUUCACCAAGCACUAUGUCUCAAUCGUAACAUGCACCAAUAACGCCAUCUUCUCAUGGGGAAGAAAUAAUUUCAUGCAGACAGGUCGAGGUAGUGAGGGAAUAGAUCAAUUAACACCUGCAAGAAUACCCUCUAUUCAAGCAAGUAAGAUUUUGGAUAUUUCUUUCACGGAGACGAGUACCAUGCUGUACUUGAGAAAUGGCGACAUUCUCUUCGUGGGAAGUAAUUUAGAUGCUUCCCCAUUGUUCAGAACCAUCUCAGCAACAGUCAAGUCUUUCACUCAAGAAACGCUGUACUCUUUCAUGCAUCUUCCAUGGCCUCAACGAGUUAAUCCUUAUUUUUCUUUUGUAUCAAAGGCGUACAUUAUGGCACAGGGACAGCCUACCAUUUUCGCAAGACCAGGUCUCGAGUUUGGGUUCUACUCUUCAGACGUCCCUCUCAACACACACGCCAUUCAAUGGACUCAAGAGAUACCUCAACAGUGGCAACUUGUUCAACAACAAGCAUCUAACAAUGUUGCGUCCUUGUUUGGGCCACCAUAUCCGUCGUUAUCUUUGAGCUUGUUGAGCCCGAUUCAGCACUCCAUUUACAAUACUCACAUCUUCAAAAGUGAUGAAUAUGUUUACAUGUUUGGCGGCUUUGUGGAUCAAGAGCUCUCCAAUUCGAUCUAUAGGUCUCCGUACUAUGACAUGGCUAAUGAAUGGGAGCUUGUAAACAGCACGCUUCCAUUUGCAGUAGCUUCAGGAAUGACUCUUAAUGAUGACACAUAUUUGUACAUUAUGGGAGGAAUUACUAAAAUGUAUCAUUUCAAUACAACAACAGACACCGACCCAAGCGAAGCGUCAAUAAUAUCUAAUAGAAUAAUGAGAGCACCAUUGAGCAAUCUUACAAAUUGGGAAGAGGUGUUUGAUGCCAAAAUUCCUGUUUCUCUUCAUUCUGCACAUGUAUAUUAUGAUGUAAAUUCACAGACCUAUUUCAUUUAUGGUGGAUUGAACAAAUUGAGCUCGUAUCCCAGCAAGAUGAUAUAUACGGUCCACAAAAAUUCCAUUUUGACAUGGAACAAUGACACUCGUAAAACUAUUCCAAAAUACAUUUCAACUUCAGUGAAAAUGUUGACAACUAGUGACUCGAUCUACAUGAUAGGAGCGAGUAUAAGAAGUACCAAUUAUUAUGGGCCUUAUAUUUUGUACGCUUCCAAGUCAGAUCCUGCUACAUGGAUUGAGGUAUCAGCUCUCUCUAUCAAGCUUAACAAUAUUUGUGCAAAUUAUACGUAUGGAUCAUGCUCGGAAUUGGAUCAAUGCGAGUGUUUCGCUCGUCCACUAAAUCAAGGUCCUUCCGCAAUAUGUUUCGGUAUUGAAGCAACUGAUCCAACUGUUUGUUCUGGAAAUGGAGCAUGCAUUGCAGAUGACGUUUGUGACUGUUCUCCUUCUUCGACUGGAGCCAAUUGCUCCAUCCCAAUGUGCUAUGGUUACGGUGCAACAGAUCCACUUGUCUGCUCAAGAAAUGGAACAUGUCUUGGCUACAAUACUUGUUCAUGUAAGGCUAAUUAUACGGGCGACAAUUGUGAGAUACCCAUUUGUGAUGGAAUUUUGGCAACCGAUGUUGAAGUUUGUGGUGGAAAUCGCUCUUGUAUAGCUGCAAAUGUGUGUGGUCCAUUCAAAUGUUUCGGAUAUGCCAACGGAACAAUAAUUAAUGGCGUUUCAGUGGUUUGUAGCUCUAACGGAAAUUGUAUCGGACCAGAUGUUUGUGACUGUCUAGAAGGUUGGGGAGGUCCAAAAUGUGACCAACCAGCAUGUGAUUUCUUGGUCGGUGUUGAUGCCUGUAGCGGUAAUGGUGUUUGUAAAAGACAAAAUAGCGCAAGUGUGUGUGAGUGCAACCGAGGUUUCAAUGGUACUAAUUGCGAGAGCGCUUUUGAAUGGUGGAAAUUUUAG